AUGCGCUCCUUUGCUGUCCUCGCCGCCGCGGCCCUCGUGCCCCAGGCCAUGGCCCACUACGUCUUCCCUACCCUCAUCGUCAACGGCGAGCAAACCGAGCGCUACCAGUACGUCCGUGAGGCCAAGAACUCAAACUCCCCCGUCACCGAUGUCACCUCCGACGGCAUCGUCUGCAACAUUGGCGGCAACGACGACGACGUCCUCGCAAAGACCCAGACCAAGGCCGUCAAGGCCGGUGACGAGGUCGGCUUCAUGGUCGAGAACGACUUGGGCCACCCCGGCCCCCUCGCCGUCUACCUCUCCAAGGCCCCCUCCACCGUCGCCACCUACAAGGGUGACGGCGACUGGUUCAAGGUCUACGAGCUGUCCACCUCCAGCAUCACCGAUGCCGGUCUCCAGUGGGCUACCUACAUCAACAACGCCGGUAUCCACAACUUCACCUUCACUCUCCCCAAGGAGGUCCCCACCGGCGAGUACCUGAUGCGCGUCGAGCACAUUGCUCUGCACGGCGCCGGCACCAAGGGUGGUGCCCAGUUCUACAUUGAAUGCGCUCAGAUCUCCGUCACCGGUACCUCCACCAAGACCCCUUCGCCCACCGUCAAGUUCCCCGGCGCCUACACCGGAGAGGAGCCCGGCCUGUUGAUCAACAUCUACUACCCUGCCCCCAAGAACUACACCGCCCCCGGCCCCACUGUCGCUUUCUCAGGAUGCGAGGACCACACUGCCAACCUCCUCGGCCAGACCUCUGACGGCGACUGCACCGGCUCCGACGGCGCCACCACGCCCACUACCCCCACGACUCCCACCACCCCUUCCACUCCCGCCGCGCCCUCUGCCGCGAUCCCCGACUACAACGGCGGCAACAGCACCACCCCCGCUGAGCCCUCUACUCCCUCCGCUGCUGCGCCGCCGUCUGCCGCUGCGCCCUCCACCCCUGCUGGUGCCGACUGCGAGAAGUCUGCUGCUCGCCGCCGUGCGCGCUCCAUGCGCCGCAAGCUUGCCCGCGGUGCUUCUUACUAG